AUGGCGAAUACCUAUGACCGACGCAGCGGUCGAGACCAACAAUACAACAACAUUGGAUCCCAAGGACGGUCAGUACAUCCACCGUACCCUUUGGGUCCCACACCAGCCUCCACCUCCACCUCCACCCCCCCCAGGUCGGCCGCGCCUCACAUCCCCCUGGCCCCCUGCCUUGUUUUGAACCCCCCGGCCGACCGACGAAGCUGACAGCACCCAUUUGGCCCGAUCCGCGACAGGAUCACCGGCAUCCGACCACCUUCGAACGUAGCCCGCGAUUCAGCCGGCAACGAGCGAGCCUCCCAAUUCUUUGGUAGUACACACGAAGAUGAUCACUACGACCACGACCACGACCACGACCACGACCAUGACCAUGAUGACCACGACGACGCGUCGCGUCCGUUUGCGCAACGAUCGGGCCCACGCUCCUCGCAACAGAGCCUCAACUCGUCUCAGGCGAACCCCAAGCCCAGCAGGGAACGACCACAGAGAUUCAACGAGAUUGGUGAAAAGGGCCGGUGAGUCACCAUUGGGGGGUUGGGGGUUGCUUUCUCGAGCGCGGGACCGACGACGCGCGCCCCAGCUUCACGUGCCUGCCUCGAGGUCGCAGGGGUUGUGCAUACAUGCACAUGAGCGGGCCGUCGCACCACAGGCCUGGCCCAUUCCCAACGUAGUCCAGUGCCAGGACACAUUGUUCUGAUGCACUUUUGGCACACGCUCGUCCCUCCUAUCUCCAUCCCUUUGCAGCAAAACCGGUAUCACCCUUCCCCGCGUCUCGGUCGAUGCGUACGGCUACCAGAACCCAGACGCCUUCUUCAGAUCCCCCGAUACCCAAGGAGGUCGCAGUGGCGCCUACGAUCAAUCCUCAUCCCGGAAAGCCGCUUCGGACGCCGCGUCGAGUCGGAAAACGGCCAACAGCCGGGACAAUUCGCGUCAGGGCGGGGGCCAACCCGUUCAGCUGGAGCAGUACGAUACCUACGAUCGAGGCGACUUUGACAACCGAGAGUAUGGAGGUAACAAUGAUGACGAGGAAGAGUACGGUGAUAGUGCCGAUAUGGAGCUGGACGAUGGUGAGCAGUGAACGGGUGGUCGGGCACGACAUCUUGGAGAAUGCUGACGGGACGGGGGUUCUCCCCUGCAGGAUCAUCCAUGACACCGAUCAGCUACCAACGUGGCAACCGCAAAGACGCUCGCCGCGCAUCGGGCCUACGAAACUCACUCACGUACGGCUCACCCGAGCAUCGAGGUGAAGCGAGUGGUAGUGCUAGCAGCAACACCACGAACGGCCGACGACCCAACGCGCGCGAUCGGCCCGAGAACGUUCACUCCGAUGAAUCGGACGAUGAAGCCGUCGCGCAUAGUCUGACCAACUCCGCAACUCGGAACCACGACUCGAGCAACCACCGAUUGGUCCAGUUGGGCAAGAGUGGGCAGCCUGUUCGUCAGGACAAGGGCAAGGCGAGGCUGGUGAGGUCCCCGACACCAGAGGAGGAACCUGAACCUGAACCUCAGCAUCAGGAUUACGAUCAGGAUGGGUUCCAGGAUGAUGACGAUGAUGAUGGGGCAGGUGAAGCGUACGAUGAUUUCGAUACGAACCAAGAUGGCGGUGGGGCCGGUCGUUAUGAUUAUGAUGACCAGGACGACGAUCAAGGCGAAGCGGAAGAACGUCGGUCUCCUAGUCGUCCCAAGGGGAAAGGACGAGCGAGAGCUUCGAACGCGUCCAACUCGACCAAUAGCCCGGCGAAUGCUCAGAAACGACAGAUGGCGGCCAAGACCAAGAAGGGAAAACAGACGAACGGGGUCAAGGAAGUGCGUACGGCACCGCAGAGGCGUCGACGUGAUUCAGAUUCUGAUGAUGAUGGGAGCAGUGAGUCCCAACGGUUGGUCAGAAUAGUGGACAUAAUUGCUUGCAGCUAACAUGGUGCUCCCGAUGUGUGUGACAGAACGUCGAUCGAAUCGUCAGCGCUUGGCCCCGGUCGAAUACUGGCGCAACGAACGAGUCGUCUACAAGCGUCGACCGUCCGGGCUGGGCAUCACUGAGGUCGUGCUCUACCCUAAACCUGACCCCGAGCCACUCGCCGCCCAACGUAAGAAGGGAGGCCGUGCGACGAGCCAAGCUCCACGAGGGCGAGCGCAAAGCGUCAAAGCCGAAAUCAAGGAUGAAGAAGAAGGCGUCGAUUCGCUCACCGAUCCUGAAGGUCUGGUCUGGAGCUGGGAAGGGCAGGCUGAGACGCAACGUCGCGUCGCUUUCACCAAAAAGAUGAUCAAUACCAAACCUGCGGGGCAGGGCCAGUUUUGGUACCAAAAGAUCUUUAGCGAAUUGGAUUACCUCGCCGGCGGGAUCAUUGAUAUCCCUUCGGGGUCGGAGAAGCCGACCAAACCUUCGAGGGAUAAUACCUAUGUGAGUCGCGGUCACGGUCAGGGGCCUUGGAGACGACAAUACUAAUGCAGAGAUGCGCGGAUGGACAGAUCUUUUACUGUAUCCAAGGCUCGUGCUCGGUCACCGUCCACCGAACGAAAUUCGCCAUUGGCCCGUGAGUCAUCGUAACCUCUGUCUCUCUGCCUCACAACCCUGAUCUGACUUUGUCCCUUCUCUUCCCCACCAGAGGCGCAUGCUUCCUCGUCCCCCGAGGCAACAAGUACCAAAUCGUCGCGACGUCGAACCGCGACGUACGGUUGUUCUUCACGCAAUCGCGCCGGGUCUCUGAAAAGUUGAAUGGGGAUACGAUCGCGGAUACGGAGCAGCAAUGGAUCGAUCUGAGGAAUAGUAUUAUGGGACAUCCUGAGGGGGAAGAACAGAUGGAAGAUGACGAGGAGGAGGAAGAGGAGGAGGAUGAGGAAGUGGAAGAGGGUGAGGAUGAUAUGGGGAGAGAGGAUGAUGAGGACGAAGAGGAGGAUCAGUGA